AAAAAAGAGGAAAAGAAGAGAAAUAAGAACCGUUUUGAUCAAUACAAAAUCAGGUACAUACCGGUAUCAGCCUUGCCCAAUCAGAUAACGAUAUUUUAUGAACUUGUUUUCUAUUAAAAAAAAAAAAAAAAAAAAAAAAAGAUCAGUUCUGAACUUCUAGGGUUCCCGAGUUUCAAAAUUCAAAAUCGGUAAUCGAAUCGGUUACCGAUUUGAUGAAACCUUGAGUAACCUAAGAAAGAUUAUGUACAGAAUGGUUUUGGCAAUCGAAGAUCUAAACGAGCGAACGCACGGAAUUGAACUCAGUGAAUUGGAGAUGGAAGGGUUGAAUUGAUCUGUGACAUGCAAACUAACUAGGGUUUUCAAAUGAAGAAUUGAGAACGGAAUAUAAGGCUAGGGUUUCAGUUACCUAAGAAAGAUAAGGUACAGAGUGGUUUUAGCGAUCGAAGAUCUAAACGGAUGGACGCAAGGAAUUGAGAGCAGCCAUUACGACGGGAAAAAAAUCAGUGAAUUGGAGACGGACGGGUUGAAUUGAGCUGUGAAUAAAACAUUUUUAGGGUUUUCAAAAUCAAGAAAUGAGAACAGAACCUGAAGGUAGUGUUCCUGAGCUUCUCUUUGGAGCAGGGUUUCAAAAUUCGUGAUCGGUAAUCAAAUCAUUGUUGAUUCUCGUUUUGAAACCAUGCUUUCAGCCUGGAGAGAGCAGCUCAAGGGGAAGGAAGGAAGGAGUGAAUCUCAUCCUCAUGUCCUGGGACAUGUGUUACCUAACAAGCGUACGAGAAUGUAGGAUCAGGUCCUCGUACCGGGCUCUUUCUCUUUAUCCUUUUCCUGAGAGCCAGCCACCUUGGCAGAACCAGAACAUGCCACGUGGAGAUAUAUGUGCAGGAAUCCUCUAUUUAUGCUUUUGGAAGGGUUGGUUCCCCAUGUAAUGCGUGCGACUUCCCCUCCUGUCCAUGAUCCUCUCGUAUGGGCUGUGGUCUGUAGGGGGAUUCCAACAAUCCUUGUUUAGCCCAAUCCAUUCUCUAUCUUAAGUUUUCAGGAAUAUUUUUUUUUUUUUUACUUGGUUUUGCUGUAGACCCUUUCCUUCCUUCUCUCUUCUCCUUCUUCCUGGACAUGUAAGCCGUCCUCCUCUAGAUUCUGUAAGGACUUGAGAGAGAAAGGCACAGAAGAGACACAGAGAGAAAAGGAGAGAUGUUGCAGAGAGCUGCAAGCAAUGCCUAUACUUGGUGGUGGGCAAGCCACAUCAGGACAAAGCAGUCGAAAUGGCUUGAACAGAACCUUCAAGAUAUGGAGGAUAAGGUCAAAUACACGCUUAAGCUCAUCGAGGAGGAUGGAGACUCUUUUGCCAGAAGGGCAGAAAUGUACUACAGAAAGAGACCUGAACUCAUUAACUUUGUGGAAGAAUCUUACAGGGCAUACCGAGCCCUGGCUGAUAGGUAUGACCACAUAUCAGGAGAGCUCCAAAAUGCCAACAACACCAUUGCCUCUGUUUUUCCUGAGCAAGUUCAGUUUGCAAUGGAUGACGAAGAUGAUGAUGGUUCUCCAAAAAAACCUGAUUCCUCUACCAAUGUGAAUAGCAUUCCCAAGGUCUUGCCUGCACCCCCAAAACUCAAUAUCCCCAAGAUUCCAAGUUUUCGAAGGAAAGAUGCAAAGGACACCUCAACGUUGCCUACAAAAAAAGUGCAACCCAAGAAAGCUAAAUCUACUUCUAAAGGUUCGCAGAUGAGAACAGCAGAAGCACUCCAAAAGAUCGAUAGACUUCAGAAAGGGAUCUUGGCCCUGCAGACUGAGAAGGAGUUUGUCAAGAGCUCAUUUGAGAGUGGGGUUGAAAAGUAUUGGGAAAUUGAGAAGCAGAUUAAUGAAAUGCAAGAGGAAGUUUGCACAUUGCAAGAUGAAUUCGGCGUGGCAACAGUAAUUGAAGAUGAUGAAGCACGAACUAUAAUGGCAGCCACAGCUUUGAAAUCAUGUCAAGAAACCUUGGUGCAGUUGCAGGAAAAACAGGAGCAAUCAGCUGAAGAAGCAAGAGCGGAGUUCCAACGGAUUAAAGAUGCUCAUGAGAAGUUGCAGACAAUCAAGAAUGAAUUUCUCGGUGAUCAGAUGGACCAGCCAGAUCUAUCUGAAAAAAAAGAAUCCAUGGGUUCUGGUUCAGGCUUGAAUAAUUUGGAGCAGGAAGUUGAUCUGAGACAGGAGAGACUCCGACUGGAAUCCAUACAGGAGAAAAUUAGGGAACACUUUGACAUGAGCUCUGAUACAUUUCUUACUGUCACAGAAUUGGCGGAGAAGAUUGAUGAACUCGUACAUGAAGUCAUCAGUUUAGAGACGGCAGUCUCAUCACAGAAUGCUCUGAUAAAAAGAAUAAGAUCAGAAACUGAUGAACUCCAGGAGAACCUGCGCAACUUGGAUGAGGGAAAGGCCACUUUGGAGAAGGGUCCCGACAAGUUGACAGGCGAACUAAGGAAAUUGGAUGAGAAGUUAACUGGGAUUCAGGAUCUCCACCAGAGUGUUGAGGAUCAAAACAACAACCUCCAAACACAUUUUACUGAAACACGUUGUAACCUCAACCAUCUUUCUGAGAAACUGCACUCAGUGAAGCCCGACGAGGAGAUUGACAUUCCAGUUUCACCUCUGGCAGAUCUGGGCAUUGUUGAAGCCCAGAAACAAAAAAUGUCCAAGGUACAAAAAGAUAUGGUGACUCCUGAUGACAGCUUAGAGAGCACAGAGGCCAGAAAAGAAGACCCUGAAGAGGAGAAAAGUUCUGUUCAGAGUCUCAGUCCCUGUUCUAAAGACAAUGAAGAAGGCAUUAUUCAAUCCAUGGGGGGCAAUAGUGUUGGUGAUGCCUCUGAAAAAUCUGAGGACCCAGAUCAUCAGAAAAUUGUUGAAAAGCAGGGUAUGUCACAAACUAAGGAUGAAAGUGUUGAUACAUAUGAUUCAUCAAAGGACAACAUUGAGAAGCAGGAGCCAUCCCAAACAGAAGAUCAUAUUGUUGAUGCUCACUCACAGGGUAUUUGUGACCUAAAUCGCCUUGGCAAGGAAUUGGAUUCAGUGCAGCCAGGUGAAGAGAUUUGGGGCUCAUCAAUGGAAAAAGCUGAGAAGCAGGACCUGUUCCCUACUGAAAAUGAUGAUAUUCUCAAGGUUGACCCGCAGGAGCAUAUUAACCUCAAUGACCUUUCUGAGAAACCACAUUCUGUGAAUUUUGGUGUAAGUGUAGAUACAAAUGAUUCAUCGAAGAAUAACAUUGAGAAGCAGGAGCCAUCUCAAACAGAAGAUCAUAUUGUUGAUGCUGACUCACAGGGUUGGGACCUAAAUUUCCUUGCCAAGGAAAUACAUUCUGCAAAGCCUGGCGAAGAGAUUAUGGGUUCAUCAAAGGGCAAAGCUGAGACACAGGACCUGUUCCCAACUAACCUCAAUUGUAACCUGCAGGAUUCAUCCCAAACUGAUGAGGUCGUCAAGAUCUCACCCCAAGCAGCAGAAACGGGAGCUCUUAUUGAUGAUGACAUGCAUGAAAAGUUUGAGGGACAAGAAGAAAUGGUGGCUUUUAGAGAUGGACCAAAGAACUCGAAGGAAACAAAAACAGAAGUUGAAGACAAGGCAGACGAGGUUCAGAACUCUAGUCUUGGUGUUAAAAAUGAUGAAGAUGGUGCCCCUUCCAAGUUAAGCAACACCAGUGAUGAUAAUAUUCCCAAUGUAGACUCAGAUCAGAGAGCGAUGGAAGAAGAAGAAGGAGAACCAAACUGGGAAAAGUUGUUCUUAAGUGGACUAGAGAAUAGAGAAAAGGUUCUCUUGGUAGAGUACACUACAAUUCUUCGGAAUUAUAAAGAUACAAAGAAGCAGCUCUCUGAAAUAGAGAAGAGAAACAGAGAAAAUAACUUUGAAAUGAUGGUGCAACUCAGGGAACUGAAGCGUGCCAAUGCCACUAAAGAUGAUGAGAUUAAAUCCUUACGUCAAAAACUGGGCUUUUUGCAGACCAGUUUUGAAGGAAAUCUCGAAACCAACAAUACAGAAUUUAAAAACACACAACAGGGAAACCAGCAAACACUUGUCAAUUUGUUAGAUGAUCAAAAUGUUGAAGCUGCAGUAACAAUUCCAAAUGGAGCAAUGGAAACUAACCCAACAACAGCAGCAGCAGCAGAUGAAGAAGAAAAGAUCAAGGCGGUUCUUGUUGAUGAACCUCAUUUUGUUGCAACCAUUGAAGAGAAAUUUCGAAGGGACAUUGAUGCGUUAUUAGAGGAGAACCUGGAGUUCUGGUUAAGGUUCAGCACGUUAUUCCAUCAGAUACAAAAAUUCCAAAGUUCAAUCCAGGAUCUACAAGCUGAAAUCACAAAAUUGAAGGAUGGCAAGAAGGAGGGUAGUACGAGCAAAUCUCUAAAAUCAGAUGCCCGGCCAAUAUACAAACACCUGAGAGAAAUCCAGACGGAAUUGACGGUCUGGUUGGAAAACAAUGCAUCGCUGAAAGAGGAACUGCAGCGAAGAUUCACAUCUUUGUGCGACAUACAGGAAGAGAUUUCAAGAGUCUCCAAUGCAGGUUCUGAAACUGAGGAAGUGGAGUUUACUAGCUAUCAAGCAGCAAAGUUCCACGGGGAGGUUCUGAACAUGCAACAAGAGAAUAACAAAGUUGCAGAUGAAUUGCAAGCAGGACUAGACCAUGUGAGAGGACUCCAGCAUGAGAUUGAAAAGACACUCACAAAGUUGAACGAGGAUUUCGAGCUUUCAGGAACGAAGAACAAUCACCAUAAUGCGAGGCAUUCAGGCAGUCGAUCUCGAGUUCCUUUGCGUUCAUUCAUUUUUGGUGUCAAAAACAAAAAGCAAAGGCCAUCGAUCUUCAGGUGCAUUAACCCAGCAUUACAAAAACAAUACAGUGACCUGAAUGCUGCAAAUCCUCCGUAAAUUGGUUUAAUUCAUUAGUUUCUUCUCUCCACUUUAUUAUUUUUUCUUUUGUGAGAUACAUACCCUUUCCUUUCUCAGUUCUGAAACUUCUGAGAAACUGAACAUCAAGAAAGCUUUUCUUUUCUUCCCCCA